AUACACCAAGGAGAAAUGGUAUCCAUGUGUACGUGACCAACUCCACGGAUGCACCCAGUGGUGACAACUGCUAUACCGUGACAGGAAGAAGUGAUGGAAGCGACAUUGCUGACGUCACACGGGCACCUUGCUCGGGCAGAGGGCGCUACAUUUUACUUUACACAACAGUGAACAAUGAUGGCGACACACUGCCUUUGCUUGACUUUUGUGAGGUGGAAGUAGACGUGUGUGGUCUUCGUACUUUCGGCGCUGACUGUGUCAACUACUGCCACUGUGACGGCGAUACGUGCAACUACGUCAGCGGUGUCUGUCCUAGUGACACGUGUAUGUCAGGGUUGGGUCGGCAGCAGUUGCAAUAUGACCUGUCCGACGGGACACUAUGGACGAGGCUGCUCCAAGUCAUGCACAGACAGACAGUGUAAGGACAACACCUCCAGCUGUAGCCAUGACACCGGGGAAUGUUCAGGUGGAUGUCUGGCAGGCUACAGAACACCGGACUGUACACAGGAAUGCAUAGACACGUAUGGAGAGGAUUGUGGCAGAAACUGUCUGACAGACACUGUAGUGACACCACCUCGUCAAGAUGUGAUCACGUGACUGGGUUGUGUGAUGGGGGCUGCAGGCCCGGAUGGAAGGGUGUCGACUGUACAACAGCAUGCAUACAAGGGGUGGAAUAUGGAGCUAACUGUUCGGGUACCUGCAGUGCCCGUAUGUGUGAGGAGGGAAUGCCACCUGUCCCCAGGAUUCAGGCCGCUGUGAGAACGGAUGCCAGUCAGGGUUUAAGGGAGAAGACUGCACUACUGCAUGCAUACAAGGGGUGGAAUAUGGAGCUAACUGUUCGGGUAACUGCAGUGCCCGUAUGUGUGAGGGAGGGAAUGCCACCUGUCCUCAGGAUUCAGGCUGCUGUGAGAACGGAUGCCAGUCAGGGUUUAAGGGAGAAGACUGCACUACUGCAUGUAUACAAGGGGUGGAAUAUGGAGCCAACUGUACGGGUAACUGCAGUGCCGGAUGUGUGAGGAGGGAAUGACAUCUGUCUCCUGG